AAAAGUGUCAGGGGGAGUAACUGAUUUAGAUGGGAAGUCGUUGAGAGAGACGCUGACAUAGCCACCUGUUAGCUUCACAUACGCGGCAGUCAGUGACAGCAGUGAGCUGAGAGAGAGGUGGAGAAGCGGGUUAGCUAGUGUAACUUUGUGGACACCUGAUGGCGUCUGGUUCUGGAGAUCUGCCACCUGCACUGCCAGUUAAACAGCACAGGAGUCGGUCAUCCAGAUGCUCUAGUGUGGAGUCUGACAGUGUUCUGCUCAGCCCUAUUGGACCAAACUACGCUCACAACGAGGUCUUCUCUGAACUCACCCACUGUCACGCUGCUCGGUGCCCCAUACACCAGCGCUACGAUCCCUCCCCACACCAGGCCAGGUUUUUCUCAGAUGGCACCCCACCGCCUGUUCCCAAGAAGCGGCUAGUUCGCACCUUCUCUCUUCCAGCUACUGAGGCACCACCUCUUUCUCCUCUUCCUCCUCCAUCUCCUCUCCAAAGACAACCACAGAACUUUGACAACCCUCUGUACAUGUUGGCACCCAUGUCUUACACCCAUUUCCACGGGGAGACAGAAGAGUUUGAACCAGUUAGAGGAAGUCCUGUCUCCUCUCUGUCCCUUGCCCAGCUGUCCUUCGACACCCCAGAUGAACAUCUGCCUUACAUCUUCAGCAGCUUUGACAACCAGAAGGUGGUUUUACAGGAGAUUCAGCAUCGGCACCUUCUCUCUUUGAGAAGCAUGGCACAGCGCCUGGAGGCUGGGAUCCUGCUGCAGAGGGAGGCCACAGAGGGGGACAUCAACUCUUACCAGCCUCAGGAUUUCCUGCUGUGUGAUGGCAGCAAGCCAAAGCAGAUCGGAGGCAUGCUUUAUUACAGCGUGCACAGCCCCAAACACAGAGGAAGGGUGUUUGGUGUAAGGCUUCACACACAGACUGAUGAAACCUCCUCUCACACCAGACACCAGCUUACACAUGUCAACGUGCGAGAUGUUAUUACUCAUUUCCAGCCGAGAAACGCCCUGGUGAAUGACUCCAGUAAGCCACAAACUCAAGAAACUCAUCUAAAGUUGGACAGCAGUGCAGCAAUAUCUAAAGGCAGAAACAGCACAGAGUUUUCUGAAGAUUGUAUGAACCUAGAUCUCUGCUCAGUUCAGUCUUUUUUACAGAAAGGGCACUCUGUGAGCAUAGAAAGAGACCUGCCACAUGCCACACUAGAGGACUAUGUGCAGGAGAGCCGCUCGCUCCGAAGGGAGGGUUGUUUGGAUCGAGACAGACAGGUUUGUGUCGUGCUGCUGCAGGUGUUAAUGGGAGCGCUACAUCUGUUUAACAUCAGUGCCACUGCAGCUGAGCUCAGACCACAGGGCAUCUUUUUAGUGUGGCCAAACAGAGAGAAAGAAGACAGACAGUGGGAAAAGACCGGGAGAAAGGAGGAAAUCCAGAUGUCAUGGAGGACAUGUGGUUCCCCACGGGUAGUUUUAACCCCUUUAUCUUCAUCUCAGUCUGUAUCCCAUCCCCUCAACUACACCAAAUCCCAAAUCAUAGCGCUCAUUCAAUACUGCCUCGGCUCCCAAGAGUCAGCCUUGUCCUCAUACCGAACAGGGCUCCUUCAUCUGUCCUCUCUGCUGCAGAGCGAGCACAGCACUCUACAGGUGGCAGAUAUGGUGAUCAUGCUCCAGGUGCUCCUUUGGGGGCCUCGUGUUCCUCUCUUUAGUCCCAGAGGAUCCAUGACUAUGACCUUACACAAUUGGCUAACCAUCAAACGAGCCCUGCUGGUGAUGAAGUUUGCAGAGGGAGGUCUGAUGCCGGGGGGGUCAGAUCUGGACUGGGAGGACUGUAUGUGUCUGCAGUAUCUGUCAUUUACAGAUCCUGAAAUACUUGUGAGCAUGGCCGGUCAGCUGUGGCUUACUGUAAACUUGGAAUGACACUGGUACCAGGAUGCUCCACAUGACUGUUAUUCUUCCUGUUUUUCAAAUGAGCUUUGUGAUUUGUAUGUAUUUAAGGCAAUCUCAGCUCACUUGUUGUUUUUUUUUUCUGAAACAGAGUUUGUUUUUAUUGUAUAUGCACCAAACAGAACCAGGCCAAGUGGGACUGUUAUUCUCCAAACAUUUGAGGAGGGAAAACAUCCUUGGAUAAUUCAGGAUAGUUACAUGAUUAAAACUUUCAGUAUUUUACCAUACAGCUCUAAAAUACUCUAAGAAUGUUUAUGCCUUCACCUUCAUUUGAAAUUCAUCAUUAUUACACAUCUUUUUAUUCCAAGUGACCCUUUAGUAAUUUAAUGCAUUUUUGUAUUUGUCUGUAUCACAUUGCCAUGAACCAAUCACAAUUAGGAAGUGUAUGAAUCAGAACCUGUUGACAGGUUUUGGUUUACCAGCGUCACUGGUCUGAGGUGAAGUUAGUGAGUAGUUUUUUAAAUUGUUGAACUCUUAAUUAAUAAUACCAAACUGAUUCAUUUUUACCCUCUGUUUCAUAAACAUGUGUCCAGGUUGCCACAAUAUAAGUGUUACGCUUUGAUGGGAAGAAAAUCGAUAUUGA